AGAGAUCAGUGGCGUGGAGGGAAUCUGAUUGCUCGUGAGCUACGCAGGGGUGUCUCGUUUAUAGGCAGGCGGGGAAAUCAUCUGACAUCCACGUCAAAGCCUAGCACUCGUGUGUGGAUUCCCGUACAGCCUCCAUUCAAGGCUUGGAGAGUUGUGGAUUCCAAGCGUAGCUCACUCUAGCGAGCGAGCAUGAAAUCUCUCCCUCUCGAGCGUGAUCAAACGGAGCUACUCCAUCGGGGGACGCCACUAUGAUUUCCACCGCCACGCAAUUUCCACUAUCAAUAAUUUAACCUGCAUUUGAGGCGCAAGCGGAACCUGGGGGGAGGCGGGCGGAGGAGGAAAGGGAUGAGGACGCCUCGCGAAAGAGGUUUGGGCAAGAAGGUGGGGACUUUUGAUUUUAAACCCAUCCUUUGGCGUUUUAAAUGCUAUUUUUCAUUUCCAACCAACUCCACCACCAAAGCCGGAGGUUGCCAUCCAGGCAUCUCCCAUGCCAGCUCUCGGCGCUGUCUUUCGAGGCUAGGCGCCUAAGAGAGGGGAAAGAGCGAGCGAGCGAGCGCAAGUUCCACCAAGUGAAAAGAGUGAUGACCAUCCUUUUCCUUACUAUGGUUAUUUCAUACUUGAGUUGCAUGAAAGCUGCCCCCAUGAAGGAAGUUAGUAUCAGAGGACAAGGCAGCUUGGCUUAUCCUGGUCUUCGGACACAGGGAAAUCUGGAGACCCUCAGUGGGCCCAAUGAUGCCACCAGAGGAUUAACAUCUUUGGCAGACACUUUUGAACAUGUCAUUGAGGAGCUCCUGGAUGAGCAGCAGGUCAUUCAACCCAGCAAGGAAAAUAAGGAUGCAGACUUGUACUCAUCACGGGUGAUGCUAAGCAGUCAAGUGCCUUUGGAGCCUCCUCUGCUUUUCCUGCUCGAGGAGUAUAAAAACUACUUGGAUGCCGCAAACAUGUCCAUGAGGGUCCGGCGCCAUUCUGACCCUGCUCGCCGUGGGGAGCUGAGCGUGUGUGACAGUACUAGUGAGUGGGUGACAGCAGCUGAAAAAAAGACUGCAGUAGACAUGUCCGGAGCAACGGUUACAGUCCUGGAAAAAGUCCCAGUGCCCAAAGGCCAACUGAAGCAAUAUUUUUAUGAGACCAAGUGCAGCACGAAGGGUUAUGCAAAAGAAGGCUGUAGGGGCAUAGACAAGAGGUACUGGAAUUCCCAGUGCCGAACUACUCAGUCUUACGUCCGCGCUCUCACCAUGGAUAACAAAAAGAGAGUUGGAUGGCGCUUUAUAAGAAUAGACACUUCCUGUGUUUGUACACUGACCAUAAAAAGGGGAAGAUAGUGGAUUCAUGUUGGAUAGAUUAUAUUGAGACAAAAAUUAUCUAUUUGUAUAUAUACAUAACAGGGUAAAUUAUUCAGUAAGAAAGAAAAAUAAUUUUAUGGACUGCAUGUAUAAAGGAAGUUUAUACAGUACCGUGGUUCCACAAUCUAUUUAUUGAACAUGUCCAUGACCUAAAAAGGGAACAAAAGGAAAAAAAAAAUCCAUUUGCGCACAACUUUGAAAACAAACAAAAUUGCAUUACAUUCCUCUAACAUUGUGAUUUGUUGCCGUUGCCAAGAAUUGAAAACUUAAAAAAAAAUUAAAAAAAUAAAAUUGCAUGCUGCUUCAAUUGUGAAUUGAUGAUAAACUGUCCUCUUUUCGAGAAAAAAAAAUUGAACCAAAACAUUCCGUUUACAUUUUAGACAGUAAGUAUCUUUAUUCCUGUUAGUAUUAUAUCUGUUAACUGCUUUUAAAUUCUGGUAGCGUUGGAAUUAAAAUAAUGUCAAGGUGCUGUUGUCAUAGUUUGCCUGUUGACCUUUUUUUUUUUUUAAAGUUUAAAAUUCCCACAUGCUUUUAAUAGAGGAGAGACCCUUCUCCCUGCCAUUGACAUAUAUGUUCUGGAGAAACAAAUUUGGGAUUUAUUUUUUUUUGUUUUGUUUUUGUAUGUUGUGAAGGUGUUUGCAAUAUCAAAUCAGACUACUGAAAAAAAAUAAAAAUAAAGAAGAGGCAACUAAAAACAGUCAAUGUUGAUCUUCUGCCCAGUGCUCUUUUCUAGUCUACACUACAAGCUAUCCUUCCAUUUUGGUUACAGACCAUGGGGAUUCCUUGAAUUUUGCUUGUAACAGCCUUUUCCAUCCUUCAGCUAGGUGGAGACUACAUCUCCCAGAAUCCCCACUUAAAGCUGCAUUCCCAGCAUAUCUGGAGGUCACCAGGUUGACAAGUGCUGGCUUCUAAGUCAUUGUUUCAUGUCCGGGUUGCCUAUGGGGGUCUUCUUAUCUUGGGAAGCAAAAGCAUCAUAGUCUUUUUCAGAUGUAAUUUUUUUCCUCUCCCAAGGUGUUGAGAACAAAUAUUAUAUUUCAAUCAAACAUGGAAGAACCACACAUACAUUGAUAGGCACCCAUUAUUCUUGAUGCCAGACAGUAUCAAGCUUUAAUAGGUGCCUCUAUUGAUGGGCAUGGAGAAUCAUAUCCCCAUAGGAAAGUCACUGGCCAUGCAGCCAGAGUUGUAUCGGGACAACUAAUUCAUUGUGAUUGGAACACCGGUAUUGUUAAAGGAAUUAGUAAAUCCCAACAAGGAAAAAUAAACUGAACAUCUGAUCAUAUUUGUGCAAAAAUGGCUAAGAUGCCAUUAUUAUUGUAAUUACAGCACUAUACAGCACUUACUGAGAGUUUAUAGCUAAUUGGUUUCUCUUCACAAUGGCAGGUGUAGUAACCUCAACUGAAUAGCACCCAUGGAAACUCAGUGAAACAGUAAAGGAGAUCCAUGAGAUAUUAUACACAUAGUACAGCCUGAUCUUAAAAUAAAAGUAACGUCUAGAAUAUUUUCAUUUUCAAGUAUCGGCUUUCUGUACUAUGAAACCAUUCAGGCUGGAAGGAGUGGCUCUGGAAUCGGAAAGGCAGAGCCUUCUACCUCAAAACCUAACUACCUGUUGCUUUUAAAUAUGGCUAUAUGCAUCUAUGUCUUUCUAAAGGGUAGCACAAAAUAGCCUUAACUCCUACAGGGAGCUUUGAUUUAAAAUCCCUAAACGAUGGGAUACAGACCUGGCAUCGGUUGUAUGCACUUUAAUUAUAGCUGGAUUUCAGUGGGAUGCACAUGCAAGGAGCUGACCACAGAAUUAAAGCCUUAGGCCAUGGAUAAUGAUAAACAAAUCCAACACAACCCAGAACACAAAUAGUCAAUUAGUCUAAUAUAUACAAGUAUUCUUAUUCUUGCAAGAAGUUUGAAGAAUUUUUUUUGCCCCUAACAGCCUGUCUCAUAUGAUCCAUGUAUUAAAAUGCACACAAUGCCAUUUAGUAUCUAGCAUUAUUUCACAGCAACAAGGCAUGCUUUCCAGGAUGAUUUGUUUUGCUACAAAUAAACUCUUGAUAUGAGAACCGUAUAAAUAGGUGAAGGAAGUUUGGACUGUACCACUUCAGACUGCAGGUAGAAUACCUCCCCACACCCCAUUCCUGAAGAACAAGCUGCUUAGAAAGUCAACAAGAAGGCUAAGCAAAAGCCCUACCAGUGGUGGCUUGCUACAUGUUCACCCCGGAUUGGGUGAAUCGGUAGCGGCGGUGAGAGGCUCCGCCCACCCACCCAGAUGCUUCUGCGCAUGCACAGAAGCAUCGCACGCACCAGCACACACACACCUGUGAGCAAACUGGUAGCGAUGGGUUUUGAAACCCGCCCCUGAGCCCUACCCUUUGACUAAGUUGUUUCCUGUGAGGAUGAGAUAGAGAAGCCUAAUUCACAGUCCCUAAUACAGUUUUAGGCAUAGAUUUGGGGGGUGUUUUUAGGGUUUGGGUGAAUGAGGCUAGCAAUACUAAAAUAAUAUUUUAUUUCUUGACCAAAACCUGCAUUUUUUUUUAAGAUUAAAAUAUCAGAAUAUGUUUUACUUAAAGCAACAGUAACUUAGGUAGCAGCUACUGUAAUUCCAACUAUUUCAUUUAAACGUGGAAACUAGUCAUCCCAUAUCAUUAACAUGCAAGUGUAGAGUUACCAAAAAGAAAACGUGGACACUGACAAAAUCCAAGUAGAAAGAAAAUCCAAGAAGAAAGAAAGAAAGAAACUAAAAUAGCAGAGCUUUUUACUGGCUUCUAAUAUUUGAAAAAUAGGAUUGAUUCUGAUUAAACUGCAAUGCUCUCCCUUAGACAUGAGUUUAGUAUUAAAGUAAACCAAUGCUAUUGAUCAAUGCCACUAAGCAGUAGAUACUGUUUCAUUAUUCAACAAUGUCUGCCUAAAGUCAGGCAAUCCAAUGGUUGUUAAAGCAAAAUAGACAGAACAUUAUCCUUUGUAAGGGAAGAUGGAGCUGGAGCUGGAUUACAUUUUCCAGCCUCUGACCAUCCCUUUCUUUAACUUUCCUUUAGACCUAUGAUAAUACCAUAUUAUUAUGAAAUGGCAAAUCAUCUCUGUUAUAACAAUCCCUAUUACAUAAAUAAAAAGAUGGUAUAAAACCAUUCCACGUAAGAAGGUGCUGUUCACACAACUGAGAGCAGAAAUAGAAAGGAAACCUCGUAAUCUCUGAGACAGUUCCAUAGCCUGAUUUUCUUAGUCUAUUAGCUUAAAUGUUCUUUCUGUGUGCUAAUGUUACAUAAUCCUCUUAACUACAGUAUACAGAUUCAAAUAAUCAUAUUCACAAAAAAAAUGUAUUUCCCUCCAACUCUGCCAUAUGAAUAAUUAGAGAUUAUUAAAAUAAGCCACCUGAAUUCCCUUAAGUGAUGAGGAACAACUGUAGUCUGCAGUCUGAAAGAGUUAAACAUAAUCAAAACUGCAUAUCAAAUAUGCUCUGUUAGUGUGACCUGUGAGGGGGGAAUCUAGAACAUAUUUAUUUUAUUUAUUUAUUAAAUUUAUAUGUUGCCCAUCUUGCUAUCCACAGUGAUUUUGAAUAGGCAUAAUCUUACUCUGAAUUAAAAGUGUUUAAUUUUUAACAGUGAAAAGAAAUGAAUUGACCAAGAUGCAAUUAGAAAUAUCUAGACUUAAUUUGCAUUAUAAAAAUAUCUCUUUAAUAAGAAGAGGAUGAUUCUAUCCCUCCGUUUAUAAUAAUGAACUAUUAUCUUCCUAAUAGUUAUGAAAUAAUAAUAGAAGCAGUAGCAGCAACUUUUUCUUAGUAUUAAAAUGCCUCUCAAGACAUUGGAGAAUAUACAAUGAGACCCAUACUGAUAUAGGUUUAUAAACCUUUCAAAUUAAACUCUAACUUCCUCAUGUUGCUGUAGGGUUCCUAUUUUAUCCAACAAGAAGAUGAGGAUGAGGCUUGAAGACCACAGAAUGGGAACUUAAUAUGAAGGUGCAGUUCAUAUAACUAGUAGUAGUAAACAUAGACUAAUAGCUUCAUUUGGAAAUGUGCAAAUAGUCACAGAUCUUUACUAGAGUACAGAAACAUUAAAGAAUUUGCUAUGCAACAAAUUGACAUUUCAUGAAUUAAGUUUCCUAAACAUUGCAAUUAUUUUUAAGCUCUUCCUCCCUGCCCGGCCCCAUCACUAUUUUUAACACCCAUGGUUAUGCUAGGCCAGACCUACUAUUGCAAAAUACACUACAACAGGCUUGGCAGUUUUAGUGGAACUGAGAUUUCAAAAAUGUCAGUCAGUUGACGUUUUGCUGUGUUUUGUCUGUGGCGGAAAUAUUUCAUUGUCAUUGGCCCUAUUGUUUUGUUUUGAAAAAAAAAAUUGGAAAUGUAAGUUAAUGUUUGUGGCCUUGUUCUCUCUUAUUCUCCAUGUAUAACAGAUAUUUAUUGUAUAUUUAUAUAAUUUUAUGGGACUUUUUUGGAAAAAAAUGAAUCUGGCAUUAAAUCUUACAAGAUCUGCAUCACAUUGUAAAUAUAAUUAAGCUAUAUUUAAAUGUACUGAUUAACAUAUAAUAUAUGUUUAAAUAUAGAUGUUUAUGUUUUUAAAUAUCAUAUAUAUAUGUAUAUAUAUAUACACACAAAUAUACAUACAUAUAUAUGUAGACAAAAAUACCCUUGGCUUUUUGGGACCAUGUGACUUUUCUCUAAUUGUAAACCAAACAUGAGUUUUACAAAGAAUAUGUGUGUUCUUUUUUCCCGAAACAAAAUCUACUUUUAUUUUAACAAUAAAAUCUUCUUGGUAAGGCAGCUA